AUGGUUCAAUAUAAGGAUCCAAGAUUGAAGCUAAAAUUGUUCAAUAUAAAGAUCCACGAUGUGAUUAGAAGACGGGUUACCAGAGGAACACCACAAGGUGGAGAGCUUUCUCCUCUUUUGUGGUUACUGGCGGUUAAUUCUAUUCUUAGGACCUUCGAAUCUAAGGGUAAGAAGAUAGUCGCCUAUGCGGAUGAUGUGGUAAUCCUGAUCAAGGGAAAAUUUCUCUCAACUAUCAGUGACAUCAUGCAGGAAUCGCUUGGCGAUCUUUCGUCCUGGGCGAAAACUAACGGGCUGGGUGUAAACCCAUCAAAGACAGAAUUGGUAUUAUUUACUAGGAAGUACAAGGUAGAGAGAUUCAAUUUGCCGAAAUUAGACGGUGUUGAGCCGAGUUUAUCAGGGGGAGCCAAGUAUUUAGGAACCUUCCUUGACAAUAAACUGUCAUGGAAAAUAAAUACGCAGGAGAGAUUAAAAAAGGGCCUCAAUGCCUACUAUACAUGCAGGAACUCAAUUGGUAAGAACUGGGGCUUGCGACCUAGUAUGGUCAAUUGGAUCUACACUUCUGUUGUUAGACCUAUUAUUACUUAUGGUUGCACAGUGUGGUGGGAGGCAAUGAGGAAACGUAGCUACAGGGCUAUACUCAAUAAAGCUCAAAGGUGCGCAUGUCUGGGCAUCACAGGUGCCUUAGGUAGCACCCCGCAGGCGGCCUUGGAUAUAAUCCUAAACCUACUACCCAUUGAGAACUAUGUUGAGAGUGUGGCAGCAAGGAACCUACUCAGACUAUCAGAGUCUUCUUUGGUAAAACCCUUGCGGACAGGUCACACUAUGAUAUUGUAUGAGGCAGGUCUUUUUGGUCAUGACAUUAUUCCAUCUGGAAUCUCUGACUAUAAGAUCGCGACCUUUAGCUUCGGUGCAUCACCCCCAGUAGAGUUUCCUACUAGGGAUAAGUGGGUUGGAUCCGAUCAACUGUUUGAUGGGUGCGCAGUUUUCACUGACGGUUCCAAGAUGGACUCUGGUACAGGGGCCGGGGUAUAUUUGGUCGACUAUGACAUCAAGCGCUCAUAUAGACUCUCUAACGAGUGUAGCGUCUUCCAGGCAGAGAUCUUCGCGAUCUGGAAAGCCACAGAGUUGAUAAAGGCACACGUCAAUAGAGGAGCUGAAGUGACAAUAUACGUGGAUAGUCAGGCGGCACUAAAGGCUCUGGAGUGUUAUCUAAUAUACUCCAAUCUAGUAGAAGACUGUACGAGAGCUCUAGAGGAGCUAUUGGUACACUACUCAGUAAGAUUGUGUUGGGUACCAGGGCACUGUGAUAUACAGGGAAAUGAGGUAGCAGAUGAACAGGCUAGACAUGGUUCUGAUCUGGAUCAUGAUACUAGGGAACGGAAUGUUAAACCACCCAUUUGUUACUACUAUAGGUUAAUUUACGAAAAAUUCUGUGAAUAUACAAAUCAAUCCUGGGGCAGCGGUACUUUGGUCUCUUCUAUUACUCUACGGCUAUCCUCUUUGUCUACCUAUUUGAACGGAAUCACAAUGGACGUCAAGGUCUCCGAGUGGAAGUGCACAUAA